AACAAAAUCAUCCAGACGCUGAAGAGGAAAUGUGGGACAGGAUCGUUAAGGAAACCGUCCCUUUAGUCAACAAAUCAAAUCUCUUUUGAGGGAUGUCUGUCGAGUUUGAAAAAGUAUAAUUUAUAGGAGUGAAAUUCAACCGGACUGUAUGUAAAAUUUGCCAUUGUGUUAGCUCAGUCGAUUUUUUUAAAGCUAUGUGGAACGUCAUAGGUGUUUUGUUUAUGUUUUUGGGUCAGCAUUCGUGCUUAACAGAGUUGAGCCCCAGGACAACAUCACAGAGGCUAGACAAUGUCACGAAGACUAUAUCAGGUCUAUUGAAGGGAUAUGACAUUCGUUUGCGACCAAACUUUGGUGGAGAACCUCUUCUGAUAGGAAUGGAUCUGACCAUAGCGAGCUUCGACGCAAUAUCAGAAGUCAAUAUGGAUUACACUAUAACACUAUACCUAAACCAAUAUUGGAAGGAUGAAAGACUGGCUUUCAGCAACCAGAAUGAGGUGUUGACUCUUGCCGGGGACUUUGCUGAAAAAAUAUGGGUUCCCGAUACAUUUUUUGCGAACGACAAGAAUAGUUUUUUUCAUGACGUCACCGAGAGGAAUAAACUUGUGAGACUGGAUGGUGAGGGAGGGAUUACUUAUGGAAUGAGAUUCACGACAACCUUAGCUUGCAUGAUGGAUUUACAUUACUAUCCGUUAGAUUCCCAGAAUUGUACUGUGGAAAUUGAAAGUUAUGGUUAUACUGUUAUGGAUGUGGUAAUGUACUGGAUGGAUACUCCUGUAAGAGGUGUUGAAGAAGCGGAGUUGCCUCAGUUCACUAUAAUCGGUUAUGAAACUAACGAUAGAAUGGAGAAGCUAGCUACAGGGAUAUACCAGAGGCUUUCCUUAUCUUUCAAAUUACAAAGGAAUAUAGGAUAUUUUGUAUUCCAAACUUAUCUUCCUAGCAUUCUUAUAGUAAUGUUAUCAUGGGUUUCUUGUUGGAUAAACCAUGAAGCAACUAGCGCCAGAGUGACUCUAGGUAUCACAACUGUUCUGACUAUGACCACAAUCAGUACAGGAGUUAGAAGUUCUUUGCCCCGUAUAAGUUACGUCAAAGCCAUCGAUAUAUACUUAGUUAUGUGUUUCGUUUUCGUCUUUGCUGCUCUUUUGGAAUAUGCAGCUGUGAAUUAUACAUACUGGGGAGCGAGAGCAAAAAAGAAAAGCAAAAAGAAUAAAGAAGCCGAGAAGAACAGGCCAGCGAGAAUAUGUUCAACUUAUUACAUAUUGAAGAAAACUGAAAAUAAAAUUUAUAUCCGAUUUACAGCUGAUAAAGUGAAUUCAACCGAUCAUAAAUACACCAGUGACGAUAUAAUUGAACUUGAGGAAGUCAGAAUGAGUCCCAUACCAUCCAUCAGGAAUAAGUAUUCUUCAAGAGGAGAAAUAUUCGAUUUUGAUCAAUCAAGAUUCCCUCCUAGUUUUCGUAUUUCGAGAACUACUGGCUAUGCUUACAACUAUAGAACAACUGGAUUGAGAUACAGGGGAAAUAAAAUUGGAAAUAUACACAAACCCAAAGUAAUGCACGCCAUAAAGAAGGGAGCACUAGUCAUAAAAGCUUCCAUGCCUAAAAUAAAGGACGUCAAUGUCAUAGACCAAUACUCCAGGAUAGUAUUUCCUAUAUCCUUCACUCUAUUCAACGUGGGAUAUUGGCUAUUCUACUAUUUUGAAUGAACAAAUUGAUACCUAUCGUUGCAUUCUGGAAGUUCCAAGUUAUGAUCUGUUUCGAUUAUUUAUCAAUGCUUUAUUCGAGGAUGCUUGAUUCAUAUGGAAUAUAGACCCAUUGCAGGAACAUCUAAAAGAGGCCUCAUUAUAAUAUAAUAUAAAACUGUAAUUUUUGAAUGGAAUAAUGAAGGAUUAAACUGGUCUUAUUUGACUCCGUCAGCGCAACACAACAUCUACGAGGUCAAAUUAGACCGAAACCGUGGUCGGCAUUUACUCUUAUUCGAUGGGACGUGCUUCUCGACAGGGUCCGAACGAUGGCAAAAUUGGCUAGUUCGACUCAGACCGAUAUUCAUAUCACCUGGUCAUAUGCGUCUGAAUUGAUUCUUAUUAUUGCACAUUGAUAAAGGCGUUAUUUUGUUCUCACUGAAACAAUUUUUUUUUUGUGGCCACUUCUUCAGAAAUUUUUUGUCGCAUAGAAAUUUUUGAGAAACACAGAAGCAAAGAUUUCCCUGUCCUACCUUAAGAUCAUUGUAGAACCGUAAAUAUAAGGAAAAACGUAUGAGUUAGUCUUUGAAAUUCGAACCAAAUUUCAGCGUUUCCGAUUUUGUAGGAGUGUGCCAACAAUAUUUCCUUCAAUCUUCGAAAAAUGCGGUGGUACAAGCUGGUGCACAAGCAGAACAUCAACUUUCAAAAUGCCAGAGCCUACUUGACGACGAAUUUUUUUUGAAUGUAUGUUAUCAUAAACACAAUAACUUGCUUUCGUCAAAAUUUAUUGAGUUAUUGAAUCUUAUCGGAAUAUAAGGAAAAAUUCUCUUUGAAAAAGGACUAGCUCGUCCAGGUUCCACACAAUUCAAAUAUGUAUAACGGUUCUAUUAAUUAUAAAAUAAGUGGAACACAAAAGUUUAUACAAAAUAUUGCCAGCAUAGCAAGUAAUAUUAUCAUGCAUGACAAGCUUAUUGGAAGAGAAAAAUGGGGUAUAAAAAAUCAACUUAAAAAUAUGAAUAAAAAUCCAAUAAUUACAGUGAGGAAACAAAUGUAAACUGUUAUUUUGAAAUGCAUGUGGAAAAAACCUUUAUAAAAUA